GGCGCCUGACGGCCGGGCCGUAAAGGUGGGCGGGCGGGCGGCAUGGGGAAGCGCGGCAGCGGCGGGCGGGCGGCGGUGCUCGGCCUGAGCAAGAGGCAGAAGAAGCACCUGAAGGAGUUCGGGGAGGAGCACCCCUUCUACGACAAGGUUUCUGAAAGACCAGAAGCAACUCAGAUCUGUGAACUGUCGGACAAUUCUGAUAAAUCAAGCACAGAAAGUGAUUCAGAGAUUGAAGUGGAACCCAUCCCUGUGUAUCACAAGCUACUGGCUACCCUGAAGACCUCUCCUGAGUCUGAGAGUGAGGACGAGGAAGACGAAAGUGAAUCGGAAGAGGCUGGGGAGAGUGAGGCAGAGCUGGGCAGCGAAGGCUCCCAGGAGCCUGAAGAAGCAGACGGUGGUGAAGAAGACAAGGAUGAAGUACCAGCCCAGGAGGAAGUCACAGCUAAAGACACAGCAGAAGAGGCACUCAGCCAGGAGCAGGAUGAUGGCGUGGAUGCCUCUUGUGACCUAAGUCAUGGAGCAAUCGAGGAGUUUACCGAUGUGAAACAUGAAUCUGAAUUUAGCUUGGAAACCAAUUUCAUGGAAGAGGAGAGUGGAGACUGCGAUGCGGACAAGAAAGAGAACGGUUCUUCGCGAGCCUUUUCACAAGAUCCAUUUAAACAGCACAUGGACAAAGAACUUGAAGAAAAAGAAGUAGAAAAAAUGUCUACGCUUUCUAAAACUUCAAGUCAAAUCAAGUGGCCGAGGCUGGGUCAGUUAACUUUUUCUUCCACUUUGGAGAAACAUACAACUUUAAAACCAGACAAAGAAUUUGAUGUGAAGCAGCUUCAUCUUCAUAAGCCUUUAGAAUCCACAUGGCCAAAAGUGAAUAAACCGUUCCUGUCGCCAACAAACAAACCAAGCGAUCCCUCUUUUACCCCCUUACAAAGAGAGCUCUUCUCUAUCAUGAAUGCCUACAAGGACUUGUUCUAUCCAGAAAGAAAUGCUUUAACGAAUGGAGAGGAAAUCCGGCAUGCAUACUGCUUGCAUGCCUUGAACCAUGUCCUGAAGGCCAAUGCCCAGGUGCUCAGCAACAACGCCAAGAAGAGAGACCAGAAGCCAGGGACGGACAGUGAUGACUACAGGGACCAGGGGCUCACCAGGCCUAAGGUGCUGAUGAUAGUGCCCUUCCGGGAAUGUGCUUUGAGAAUCGUGCACGUUCUCAUCAGUCUUCUUGAAGUGAAUGACAAAAGAAAAAUAGAUGUAAGUAACAAAAAGCGCUUCAAGGGAGAGUUUGCCUCUGACCCAGAAGAGAAGCCCCCCAACCUGAAAAGGCCUGAAGAUUACGAAGCUGUCUUCGCUGGCAACAUUGAUGACCAUUUCAGAAUAGGGGUUGCGAUUCUGCAGAAGAGUAUGAGGUUGUAUGCACCGUUUUACUCAUCAGACAUCAUCAUUGCCUCUCCCCUGGGCAUGAGGACUGUCAUUGGCGCAGAGGGGGAGAAGAAGAGAGACUUCGAUUUUUUGUCAUCAAUAGAAAUGCUCAUAAUUGAUCAAGCAGACAUUUACCUGAUGCAGAAUUGGGAACAUGUUCUGCACCUGAUGAAGCACAUUAACCUGCUGCCUUUGGAUUCCCAUGGGGUAGACUUUUCCCGAGUGCGAAUGCUGAGUCUCAACAACUGGUCCAAGUACUACCGUCAGACGCUGCUGUUCAGUGCUCUUCAAGAUCCCCAGAUUAACUCCAUCUUCAACAAACACUGCUUCAAUUACACAGGGCAGGUGGCUGUCCGCAACGUACCGCUCAUUGGCUCCAUUAGCCGUGUUGUGGUCCAGCUCCCUCAUGUUUUUCGGAGGAUAGAAGCUGAAAACUUAACUUCUGUGAUAGAUUCAAGGUUUCAGUUUUUCAUCGACAAGGUUUUGCCCGAGUACCGCGAUGCCAUCAUGUCACACACGCUCAUUUAUGUUCCGUCAUAUUUUGACUAUGUGCGUCUUCGAAAUUACUUCAAGAAAGAGGACCUGAAUUUUGUUCACAUUUGUGAAUACACUAAAAAGGCUGGCAUCUGCAAAGCAAGGCGCUUCUUUCUCAAGGGAGACAAGCAGUUCUUACUGCUCACUGAACGCUUCCACUUCUACAAAAGGUAUACAAUAAAAGGUAUUAGGAACCUCAUUUUCUAUGAGUUACCAACCUACUCCCACUUCUACAGUGAGAUUUGCAAUAUGAUGAAGGCCACAGACAGUGGAGUGGAUGCUACGUGGACUUGCACUGUGCUGUACUCCAAGUAUGAUGCUCAGAAAUUGGCUGCAGUAGUUGGCAUAGAUCGCACAGCUCAAAUGCUCCAGUCCAAGAAAAACGUGCACCUCUUUGUUACAGGAGAAAAUGAAUAAGUGAUGUUGCAGACGAGACAAUUGGAUGGACCUGGAUUUCACUCCUAAUGCACUUUUUGAUGUUGCAUUUUAGAAAUGUUUUAAACUUUUGAGUCCCUUUUACUAAGAAUCCUGCUGAAAUUGUUCAUAUAGUAUGAAAUUUUAUAUUUCAGUUCUCUGCCCAACAAGAAACAAAGGAUGUCAUUCGAGGUUGUGGGGUUUCUUCUGUAUAAAAAGAAAAUCCAUCCAGAGUUAUCACUAUUCUUGUAUAGUGGAAAACUCACUCUUCAGUAAAAAUUGGUGGGGUGAUAAAUACCUUUGGACUGGAUUGCUUCACUUAAUUUUCUGGUGCAAACUCACCUUCUUUUAUCAAAGGCAACUUUUUCAUUUAAUCUAUGUAAAAAACUGUGCCUAAGUAUGAAGGCGGUCACUAUUUUAUAAGCCUGGGUAAGAGAGGUGCAGGCAAAGCCUCUUCAACACAAGCACAUUGUUGAAUGAGAGUUGAACUUCCUGUGGUAGGGGCUGGGGUUCUGCAUUUUUCCCAGAGUGACCUAAAUAUUUGUCUGCUAUUUACUACCCUCACUUCAGCCCCCCUGGCCAGUCAGUUUUACCAGAGAGUAUUUUUUUCUAAAGGAAAAAUCCGAGUUGAAUUUGGCAGGCAGAAAAGCCAGGCUGAGCCCCAUGAUCACCAAUGCAGUGGAGUACAAAACCCCGUGGCGCAGUUGCAAAUACCUGUGUUCUCUCAGCUUGCACCAUGGGUGGGUUUUGUUUUUUGUCGUCUCCAUUUCAGUCUGCUGCUCUUAAGGGUUGCUUAUGGAACUGUCACGGUGCUGCUGCUUCUUUCUUUUCUUCUACUUCUAGGAAGCUAAGUGUAAUUUAAAAGGAGCUAAAUGUAGAGAGAUUGGGUUUUGUAAGCAUGUGGGAAGACUGUUCUGUAGGUGAGUCCUGUGUGAGCCCAAACGCAGGAGGGGAACAUCCAUGCUGAGAUGAGAUUUGAAGGAAUUCUCAUCUAGGAGGCUUAAGUAAAUAUACCAAAGUGAAAUAAACUCCUUCAGUGCCUGCACAGGCA